AUGCUUGCAUCAUCCAGCAAGAAAGAGAAUGAGGAAGAGAAGUGCGAAAACAAGUUCCACUGGUAUUUAUACUGGAAAGGCGAUACAUUGGUGUACCCAAUCCAUCCCGAACCCAGACCGCCGGGCUACAAGGCACCAAUCAAGACAACUCCACUGAAGGAAACGGAGACAACGUGCGAUAAUCCAAUUCAUUGCCAUGAGAAAUAUCACUGGUCUUUGUACCGGAAAGGCGAGGAAUUGGUACAACCCAUCCAUCCUAAAGGCAGAGAUGUCCCAACAGAUUACGACAAGGGACCAGUCCCUACAGUUGACGGUCGCAUACUCGGUACCAGAGACAUCUGCCAUGUCAAAGACAGUUGCCCAGGCGUUCAUUUCAUUGGAAGACGGGACCCGCGCAGUGAGGGGAAACAGCAAAAGUUUCAAUACAGUUCAAACAGAGAUACGACGAGACUCCUGAUCGAAGCGGAGCUUGCAUCUGAUGCCCUAAAGCCAACAUCAGACAAUCUCAUAGAAGACGAGCUGGAAGAUGAUAUGAAUUACCGGGGCUCAGAGCCUUCUCGGACACAAUACAAUAACAAAACAUUGACAACUCGUGUUGCUGAUGAAAUAACGAUGAUAUUUCGCGCCUGGCCUAGAUCCUUCAUGCUCGCCGUGUGUAAAUCUGAAACCACUAUCCAUGCCAGGCUGAUGUAUCUUACAGGACCCAGUAUCAAACACGCAGUUCUUCAGGCGCUACAAGACAUUGGGCGGUCUGACACAGUUUGUUUGCCGUUUGGCCCUCUUGAAGCUGUUCAUGCGCCAAAGGAACGAAUAGCUGUCUUUCCCACUCUCAUCACUUUGUUCAACAUCAAAGGACAGACAGCAACAUUGAUCUACGAACUGGACUCCCAUAUACAUGAAGCCGAUCGAUAA